AGAAAAUGUCAAAGAUUGGAAGAGAAAAUAUAACUAAAACGAUGAGAAACAUCAUGUCUGAAUGUAUUGGGCACGAUCUGGCGAAACUUUAUACAUGGACAGGACAAAAAAAGACGCUAGCCUUCAAAGGCUCUGAAAUGUCUAAUGCCAUUAUUGAUUUAAUGAAUAACAAAGAUAGAAAACAUUCUCCGAACGCAUCCAAUGUGGGGAGAGCGUCGCACGCUACGAAAGGUACAAACGCUGUGGAGAGAAGAUUUUUUUAUUUGUGCGAAACGGAUGAGUUUUUGUUAGACCCGAAGUCCAAAUCUUUGUUGGAUGGAAUGUAUACACAUGUUAAUAUGCAAAUAUUCAUUAUUUGUGUAAUGAAGGCACUUAUAAGUGUAGGCACUUAUUAUAUGCAUUUUUGAUAAAAGAUGAUAGAAUGUAUCUAAAAUCGUCAUUUAAAAUAAUUACUUUACUUAUAAUAUAUUUAUAGAAACAGUAAUGAAGAACAAUGAUGCUACGAUUUUCUAGAUUGAAAAAGAUAUUAAAGAGUGGUUACGACGAGUC